GUAUUAAUUAUCAUCUCAAAUCGUCCAGUAUUUCUGACAGCUGGAAGAAUGAUAAACUUGUCUUACAACAGUUUUUUUCAACGAUUCGAUAUUCCAGGUGAUAAAAGCAUCUGUAGCGUAUCUCAAUAUUCUUCGUAAAGUAACGAUGUAAGGUAUUGCGAAUUUUCAAAGGAAAAGCAUGUAGUUCGUGUUUCUCAUUCUACACUAGUCAACUAAGUAAUCCAAUAGUGUUAUUUUUAUUUUAACCCUUAACGCUCUGACUGUUAAUUGUGACUAUCGACCGGCAACUCCAACUUGUUUUCAUUAUACUUCGACUUGCAAGUUUUUAAGUGUCAGAUUUUAAACGCUGCAAUGACGUGUAGUUAAUAACAUUCUUUCCUGAUCUCUUGUAACUGACUGAGGAGUAUUAUUUUUUAUUUAUAAACAAUUACCGAUAACGACCCGAAAAUACAUUUGGCGUAAAGUGCCGCACAUCGGUGGUGCCUGAGAGGCACCCUUGGAGCGUUAAGGGUUAAAAGGCAACGGACCUUACCAUUAUACUGGAAACCAAGAUCAACCGGGUGAGGACUCUAUAGCUCUGCGAAAUCUAAUUGAGUCAAAGAAAGUUCUACAAAUAGCAAAAUGCUCAAGUGACCAAAAAUGAAGCCAUGAUGGUACAAGUAUCAAUGACAAAUUAUCACAGAGCUAUAGAUGCAAUUUUAUUUCAAUAUAUGCUGAUGUGCGUGAUAUAACAUUUGAAUGCCUCCUGCAUAGUUCAAGCAGUCGUAUAUCGUGGUAAUUUGUUUAUUAUUAUACUAAUUUUCACAUUAAAUUCCAGUAUUAUUUCAAACGGAAUAAAUGUUGUUGUGAAGUAAACUGUUUUUCCAAUAAUACCUACGAAUUAAUUGACCCACGGCGAACAUGGAAAGUUGUAUGCACAGGCUGUCUCACCGAAAGUGCACACCUGGAUUAUUUACGUUAUUAAUGAAGAUACGGGAAAAAGUUUCAGACAAAAUUUGUGUGGUUUCAAGGGGGUCGAUUUUUCAUCCAAAUGACUCUUUUUAUAUUCAUUUGAUUUCGAGAUACAGCACUUAACAUGUUUUUUUCUUUAAUGGAACAUCAUUUUCUGUUAUUAGAAAAUGUACCUUUUUUUUUCUUAGUAUUUUGAGACCUUGCAGACUAAAAUCCAUCCAGCUAUUUCAAAGUUAUUAGGAAGUGAAUUUAUUGAGGAAUCUUCGGUUGCGAAAUUAAUCGCGAGAACCGUAAAUGCUCUAGCAGUGCUGCAACCGAAGACUGUUCAAUAAAUUCACUUCUUAUCAAAUCUCGAAAUAAAAUGAAUGUGAAAAGAGUCAUUUGGAUGAAAAAUUGACUCCCUUGAAACCAUACAGUUUUUGCCUGAAACUUUUUUUCCGUAUCAUCAAUAAAAACGGAAAUAAUCGAGGUGUGCACUUUCGGUGAGAUACCUUGUAUAUACAUAUAGAUAUAGAGGGACACAAUAGCUAAAUAAAUAAGGGAGGGCAAUAUAUAUAUAUAAAAAAGUUAAUAAAUAUCUAAAUAUUUAUCUGUAAAAGAUUAUCAACGCUGCAACAUGUUUCUUUCGCACAAUAUACGAUAUUACAUUGGUUUAUAUUAAUAUUUCAAAGAACAUAGACAUUUGAAAUACUCUUAGAACGAAUCAGUGUGCCGAUUGCAAAUUGUUAACGGAAAUUUUUAAUAUUCUCGCAGUCUCUAUCCAAUUGAAAAGUGAAUGGAAAACAUGGUACUUAACUAAAAUUAAAUUAUAUAGAAUUAAUAAAGAUUUAGUCUCAUUAUUGUAGAUCAAGAACCUUAAAGUGGAUAUAUGUUGUGAUAAUUAAUAGUCUAAUAAUAAAUGAUGAUUUCCUCUAUUAUUGGUACCAAGACAGCCGCAUUUCGAAACUGUGAAUAUACUAAAAUGGUGGACAUCAAUACUUACUGCGGUUUAGUGCUUUACUUCAUUUUUAAUAUAUUUCUUUCCAUUGCUGUAGAUCAUUUCUCAUUUGACAUGUAAAUUUGGAAUUAUCACGUGAAUCUCGUUGUGAUUGUCAUCUGAAAGAAAACGCUUGAUUGACAUUUAUGCAGUAGCACAAUAAAUAACAUGAGCCUAAAAUCAAUAAAAAAGUUUAAUAUUGUUAAGAAUUAUUUUAAACAUUCGUUUAAGGGGAUAGCCUACUGUAACCAGCGUCUAAACAGGUUAAUUUUUGGAAAUUUAUUUCGGAUAAACUACAAAUGCAAUAUUUUUAAUUUUUUAAUAUGUUUUUAUGUAUAACUUAAGGAGUGUGUGUACAAAUUUUCAUCGAAAAAUAUUGAAAUUUCCCCACGUUAUUCUUCUUUGCGUCGGCUGAUAUUUUCCGUGCGCGAUCGGUCGGUGUACACGAUUUCGCAAAUAUAGUUGGUUUGAAUCAAAAAUAAAAAAUAUCCUCAUUAACUGAACUUUUCGUGAACUUCUUUUGCAAUUAUCGGACUUAUGAUGCGUGUUAUUAUUAUUAAUAAAUAUUGCAAAAAAACGUAUUGACAAAAUCGUCCGUCAUGCCUAAAAUUGUAUUCCUUUGAACAUGUGUAUCAAAUUUCAAGUGAAUUCAUCAAUCACAGCCCGCGAUAUCAUGUACACCGUUUUGAAAAACAUAAUUUCGAGAAAAACGUGUUUAAAGUUUGAGCACUAGUCAUCUAAAUGCGCGUCAAAUUCUUCCUUCGCUACAAACGCUAUAAUUAAAAGAUAUUUCGAAUAUCUACAUGGAACCUAUUGCAUAUUAUUCUAAAUACUUCAAAUUAUUUUUUAAAGGUGACAUAAAUUUCGAAAAUUCGAAAAUUUCACAGUAGUCUAAUCCCUUAAGAUGUUUAACAAAGCUAAUAGAAAUAGAAAUGUAGCGUGGCAGAUACACAUACUUACCUAAUGUCAAAAGUACACUUACUAUCUGUUGCAUGUAAAACGAGACAAGAAAUGAUACAGGCAUCAAAUACAUUAACCCUAUGAAGGUACAAAUAUUUAAUUUGAUCGAUUGGACAAACGCAUCAUCCCAUAUUCAGCGAACGAAGAAAUGUACACGUAUUAUUCCAUGCAAGUCCAUAACCCUCUCUAAAUAACAGAAUAGACAAUCAUAAAAUAUGAAAAAAGUCCAGUGCGCAUGGUCAGGUCGGAAUUGCUCAUCCAACUCACAUAAUCUAUAACCAUUUGAUCUUCAGUUAAGAUUCAGCUGCGAAACAACAAUGGUGGGAAUAGAAUCGUGCAAAAGGAUUUUAAGCACAGAAGAUAAAGUACAGACGGAACAAAAUAAGAAUUACAAGAGCGACAUAGAGUAUGCCUUAAAAUUGAAUCGCUGGCUGCUAAACCCAAUUUCAAUAUGGCCACUAUCGUCACAUGUAUCAACACUCACGAAAAUCCAAUUUAAAUUUAUACGAACAUGUUGCUGGGUCUUUCUGGCGUUUUUAAUAAUCCCAACCAGACUACACACGAUCUUUGCGAAAACGGAUCGCGCCGUGAAAUUAAAAAUGAUCGGACCUCUCGGUUUCUGCGUAAUGGUUAUCGUGAAAUAUUUCGUCUUCGUCGUUCGUGCUAAAAAUAUAAAAAUAUGCGUCGAUCAUGUUGUCGUAGACUGGCGCAACGUUAAUACGACUGAGGAUCGUGAGAUCAUGAUUGAUAGUGCAAGGAUUGCUCGGUUAUUCACUGCUGCUUCUGCACUCUUCAUGUACGGCGGUGGUGUUUUUUAUACGUCCGUUCUGCCACUAACAGCAUCCAAAUCUUUAUCAAAUGAUAAUGUUACGAUAAGAGUGCUGCACCCCUUCUAUUUCUUUACCUACGAUCCGCAGACCACUCCUAUGUACGAACUUGUAUUUCUUGUUCAUACCUUGAGUGACGUUGUCAUGUAUUCCACGACUUCCGGAGUCUGCAGCUUGGCUGUCGUAUUUGCAAUGCAUGUUGAUGGUCAGUGUCAAGUUUUGAUGAGACUUUUGAAUGACUUCGUUGACGGCAACAGAGAGAAAUCAUCAACCUUACACCAGAGAUUGGCCAAUGUUGUUGUGCGUCACUUGCGGAUUCUCAGGCUGAUAUCUACAAUGGAAAAUAUUUUUAAUGAGAUUUUUCUUGUAGAGGUGGUUGGUUGUACAUUCAUUUUGUGCUUUCUUGGAUACUAUUGCAUGACGGAUCUGACAGAGAGCGAAACAUUUGGCCUAAUUGCGUAUUUUCUUUUAUUAAUAUCACUGACGUUCAAUGUCUUCGCGUUUUGUUACAUCGGAGAGCUUAUAACGAGUCAGUGCAUGCGAAUCGGACAAGCGGCAUAUUUGACAGAAUGGUACAGAUUAGGGGGGAAAAAUGCCAGUAAUUUAAUUAUAUUAAUUAUCAUCUCAAAUCGUCCAGUACUGCUGACAGCUGGAAGCAUGAUGAUUCUGUCUUACAACAGUUUUAUUCAAGUGAUAAAAGCAUCUUUAGCGUACCUGAAUAUUCUUCGUCAAGUAACGAUGUAAGGUAUUACGAAUUUUCAAAGGAAGAGCAUGUAGUUCAUAUUUCUCAAUCUACACUAGUCAACUAAAUAAUCCAAUACGGACACGUGAAAUGGUGUUAUUUUUAUUUUAAAAGACAAAAAAACAAUUCACGAAGUACAGAGAUCAAAUAUUUAUCUGGUAAAAAAUUGUCAACUCUGCAAUAUGUAUCUUUCUCAUAACGCAGCAAUUUGAAUGCAACAUGCAUAAAAUCGAUGACAUAUAACCCUUUAUGCCUACAACCCGUCGCCACGAACCUAUGCAUUAUGAAGGAGAAUUAUGAAGAAGAAGAUCAAACGG